UUUCUGUUUCCAAUUUACAGGGCAGCGUCUUGUGCUGGAACCCAGCGAGGAAAACGUAGUUCAAUUUACUUAUCGGUGUGUUCUUAGUUAAGAAUCCCAAGUGACGACGUGCGGCUUUUCUUCAUCUCGGCGGUUGCUGAACAUUUCAGCACUUUUCAUGGCACCUCCACGAAAAACGGUGCUACCCAAACCUCUUCCAGAAGGCUUCAUACUAACAGACACUGAGAAGAAGAAAUGGAGGCUGGGGAAAAUCAUCGGGCAAGGUGGCUUUGGACUGAUCUAUCUUGCGUCCAAGGACAUUGACAGACCUGUUGGAACAGACACUGACUUUGUCAUCAAAGUGGAGUACCAGGAGAAUGGCCCCCUGUUCUCGGAGCUCAAGUUCUACCAGAGGGCAGCCAAACCCGAGAGCAUGCAAAAAUGGAAGAGAAGCAAGAAGCUGGACUUCCUGGGCAUCCCGACGUACUGGGGGUCAGGAAUUGCAGAGUAUAAUAACCUCAGGUAUCGUUUCAUGGUCAUGGAUCGACUGGGAAGUGACCUUCAGAAAGCUUGUGAGUCCAGUGGAGGCCGACUGAAGAAGACCACUGUUCUCCAGCUUGGACAGAGACUGGUGGAUAUACUGGAAUACAUACAUGAGAAUGAGUACGUCCAUGCUGACAUUAAAGCUGCCAACCUCAUGCUGGGUUACAGGGACCCUGAACAGGUCUACCUUGCAGACUAUGGGCUGUCCUACAGAUACUGCCCUGAUGGAGUCCACAAAGAAUACAAGGAAAACCCCAAGAAGGGCCAUAAUGGAACAAUCGAAUACACCAGCAUUGAUGCCCACAAAGGACUCGCGGCAUCUAGACGUGGUGACCUCCAAAUUUUGGGUUUCUGUCUCCUUCACUGGUUAUGUGGGUCUCUGCCUUGGGACAAUGUCCUCAAAAAUCCAACUCAGGUCCAGGAGGCAAAGACCAGACUGAUGGAUAAUCUGCCACAUUCAGUCCAGCAGCUGUCAGUGAGCGGAGCCAGCACAGAUGAGGUGGCCAAAUUCCUCCUUUAUGUGAACAAACUGGGCUACCAAGAGAAGCCCGAUUACCAGUAUCUUAAAAACCUGUUGGGCAGUGCUGUCAGGGGAGGACUUGAUUUGUCCAAGCCACAGGGAGCUGCAGGGGAAUCGUCCACCAAAGAUCCUCGAGCCAAGGAAAAGCAGAAGGCAGGAGGAGCGAGCGGAGUCUCUAGAGCCAAAGCUGCACCGCUACAGGACCAUGAUGAAGUCCAUGAAGGGGCAAAGUCCAAAGCAGUGCCAGCUCGCUACAUCAGAGGACCACCCAUCAAUAAACCUCUGUCAGAACAGAAGGAAGAAGUUCUCCCUGCUGUCAGAAGGUCCCCGAGGCAAAGACCUGUGUGCAGUUAUGAAGACAUCGACAGUGAGGAGGAGGAGGAAGAGGAAGAAAGGCCCAAACCCAUUGCUGCACGUUAUCUCAGAAGUCCUCCAGUAAAGCCCAGAGCUCAACCCAAACAGAAACGUAACCCCACAAGGACAAGCAGCAAAACAGAUGACGUGCCCCUGAUCUCAGCGAGAAUGGAGCGCCGAGUCUUCCCACAAAGGAGAAAAGAAGAGCAAGCAAACCGUGGCAUGGACAGGCAAACACACACACACCACAGAGUGGUGUACAGCCAUCCAAAGUACUGGGAUAGCCAGCUCUACUACAGAGAUGCUUUGGGUAAAUGGGAAGAGUCUGUUCCCAAAAACUCAAGUCCUGAAGCCGGUCCCCAGCGGAGUGAAUGGCUGAUGUCCUGGUUACUCUUUCUGGGCGCCUUUCUUUUACUGCUUGCUGUUGUCAGAGUUUGCCAAAGUACAUUGAAGCCCCUUUGA